GACAUGGGUGGUUUGUGCGGGGGCUUCCUCUUUACUCAAGGGAAUAAAAUCGUUAGUGGGGACACGCUCACGCGCCUUUUGUCUCAAUAACUCGGUUCGGGCUUCCCGUUCGGCUAAUUUGGCUCGAUUUUCUCGCGCUUUUUCUUCUUCAGCUGCUUUGGCCUCGUCCCUCCGCACCCGCGCAAUGUUGUCUUUCGAGCGGACAUGCCAUCUGGAAACUCACUCCUAAACCAAAUUUAUUACCAAACCCAAUAAUUUACCUUUUCUUUGGAAGGAUAUUCAUUUUUAUGACUCUACGCUGUGUUUACAUUUCUUCUGUCAUUUAAAUGUCAGAUUGACAUUUAUUGUUGUCCUUGUCUGGCUCGUCACAAACCGUAUCUUGCAUCUCUUUUAAUGGUUAAUUUUGACAUCAAGUAAGGUGACAUUUCGAUUUUUGCACCACUUAACCAAUCUUGCAUUUAUUUGAAAAAUUAUGCAUUUGAUAUAAUGUCACGCCGGCCUUCGCCCCUCGAUACCGAAAAGUGUCGUCAAUGUUCAAGUUUUUCAGACUAUGCGAAAAUCGCACGACGCAAAGCUUAUGAAGAAAGUUCGGGAGAAGUGUCCUCGACCACAGGCCCGGGGACAUUUCGUAGUGAUUGUCCCUUAGAUAAGGAUGAGCUGGGGCGCAGUUCGUGGGGACUCCUCCAUACAAUUGCCGCUAAAUACCCUGAAAACCCCACCAGGACUGAAGAGAAAGACAUGGCUAAUUUUUUUACAUUGCUUUCUAAGUUUUAUCCGUGUGAUUUUUGUGCCGAAGAUUUUCGCAAAGAACUUAAAGUGGAUCCGCCUCAAACUGCCUGUCAGGAAGACCUAAGUCAGUGGCUUUGUAGAUUGCAUAAUAGAGUUAAUAAUAAGAUAGGAAAACCUGAAUUUGAUUGUUCAAAAGUUAAUGAGAGAUGGAGAGACGGCUGGGCUGACGGGUCCUGUGAUUGACCAUAGUGUUUGUUAGUAGUCUUAAUAAACUAGGUAAUUACA